AUGAGCUUGGUAGGCGAACCAGAGAAACUCACUUGUUAUGACUUCUUCUGCAACGUCGGGAGAAUCUGUGAGUAUGAACAACAAAAGUGUCCAACUUCAUAUACUGGCGAUGAUUGUGAAUGUCCACCUCUUUUCGAAAAGCAAUACGAUGAUGAUGGACGCCCUCUAAAAGCUACUUUUGAAGUAGCGCAUAAGCUUUGCAAUGAUAAUGGAGGCUAUCUUACAUUCUUUCUGGAUCAGAAUGAGCUCGAUAUGUAUACUAACAGCUCUGGCUACAAUGCGCAUACAGAAUAUCUCGGGAUGUUUUCAUGUGAUCACCCAAAUUUCAAAACUGUUGAUGAGGCUAAUGAGUUAGAUUUGUCUGGUCAAAAAAGCUGUAAUCCAAGUUUCGUUUUUCAAAAAGAUGAGUCUGGAAAUUUUAUUGAAACGAAUUAUGCUACUGCGAAUGAGAUCUGCCGCAGCCAAGGUGGCUAUGUUGCAUUUUUCAGAAAUAGAAUUGAAUACAACAACUAUUUACGAGCUCGUCCAAGAUAUAAUGAUGAUUGGCAAGAUUACGCGAAUGAAUAUUUAGGCUAUCAUUCGUGCGACCUCUCUACGUUUUACACAGAUGACGGAAAUGAAGCAACUUUUGUCAAAUGGCAGCCUGGUGAGCCCAAUAACAUGGAUGGAAUUGAAUAUUGCGUCGGCAUGACAAAAUUCGAAACUUUCAAUGAUUUUUGGUGCGAUGCAAAAAUCAAAUUCACGAUCGAUUAUGCUGACCGGCGGGUUAAGCUGAUCGCUGGCAUGAGAAGGAGAUAUAAUCAAGAUGAUGGGCCUUUGGAUAAGAUUCUCAAGAGAAAAUGGAACGAGGCGAUGGAAAACGGGGCUUUUCUUCAUCCUGUUGAUGGACAAGUUCGACAUUUUGAAGGAAAACGCGGCUGGGUCGGGGUCUUUUCUCCAGUUCGCGCGAGCAAGAAACGAUCGACUCCGAAUUUCAAGACUGUGAUUCAAGACUUUCCCAGAGAAAAGUUCAACUUCUCAAAAGUUAAGGAUGAGGAGCGACUAUUCGAGUUCGAGAAUAAAGGGAAACGAUACGAAAUGAUUAUCAACAACUCCCCCUAUGCUUUUGGCCACUCUCUGCUGAUUCCAGAACCGAAAGCAGAGUUCCCGCAGUUGUUGACGAAAGACGCGAUCGAGACGGCAAUCGAGACAAUGUUCCAGAGCAAUGCUGUUGGAUUCAGAAUGAUGUUCAACUCAAUCUGCGGUUGCGGCUCAGUAAAUCACCUUCAUUUCCAAUGCUACUACAAUGACUACAGAAUUCCAUCAGAAGACAUUGAGUGCGACCCAAUUCAUUCUUGCGUUUCAAAGUCCGACUCCGGCCGGCAAGUGGAGGAGAAAUUGUACGCCAUCAAACGAACCUUUCCAGUCAGAGGAUUUAUUGUUGAAGCAAACGACCGAAAUCUAGAAAAAGUAGCGGAAUUCGUUGCGAAAUUGACCAACUCUUGGGCAAAAGCAAAUAUGGCCCACAACGUCGCACUAAUCAGAGGCAAGCAUCUUCAUCACGAGAUUGAUAACGAUGAGUUUGUCUUGAGAGUUUACAUUUGGCCAAGAAGACCAACUCUCGGAGAAAGAAAUUUCGAAGAUUUCCACUGCGCGGUGACAGAACUCAUCGGCGAUUGCUACUUCGGCACUGAGCAGCAGCACAAAAACUGGAUCGCAGACGACAUUGUCCAAAACCUAUCAGCUUACGAUAUUGGUGAAGAGUUCGAACGCGUUACUGGAGAAACUAUGGCGCUUUUCACAUCUAUCUUUUCAAAAUAA